AUGUUUAGGCGCGUAGCUGUGUCUGUGUACCCGAGUGUAGCUGUGUCUGUGUACCCGAGUGUAGCUGUGUCUGUGUAUCCGAGUGUAGCUGUGUCUGUGUAUCCGAGUGUAGCUGUGUCUGUGUACCCGAGUGUAGCUGUGUCUGUGUACCCGAGUGUAGCUGUGUCUGUGUACCCGAGUGUAGCUGUGUCUGUGUACCCGAGUGUAGCUGUGUCUGUGUAUCCGAGUGUAGCUGUGUCUGUGUAUCCGAGUGUAGCUGUGUCUGUGUACCCCGGGAGUGUAGCUGUGUCUGUGUACCCCGGGAGUGUAGCUGUGUCUGUGUACCCCGGGAGUGUAGCUGUGUCUGUGUACCCCGGGAGUGUAGCUGUGUCUGUGUACCCCGGGAGUGUAGCUGUGUCUGUGUAUCCGAGUGUAGCUGUGUCUGUGUACCCCGGGAGUGUAGCUGUGUCUGUGUACCCCGGGAGUGUAGCUGUGUCUGUGUACCCCGGGAGUGUAGCUGUGUCUGUGUACCCCGGGAGUGUAGCUGUGUCUGUGUACCCCGGGAGUGUAGCUGUGUCUGUGUACCCGGGAGUGUAG